UCCAGUCUUUGUCCUUUUCUUUCCUCACUUGCUUUGCUUUGCUUUCUCUCUCACUGAUUCCUCAACUUCUUCUCACUCAAGUUGCUGCAACGGUGGAUUCUUAACUUGUUCAAGACCGCAUUGUCUCUUCGUUUUUAAGCACACUUAUUCUUUUUCAUUUUUUUUUUCUGAUUUUAUUUGUACCGCUGAAUCUGGGUUUCACUCUGACUACUACUGCUGUUUCUUUUCCUUUUCUUUAAACCCAUCACAUCCAUUCCUUACUAACUUUUUCCAUCUUCUAAGAAUCUCUGCUAGUAUUGUAUUCUCUUCAAAGUACUACAAAUAAGCUUACACCAACGACGGUGCCUUGAUUCUAUUUUCGUUAUCAGUAAUAGCUACUAGUAGAUUUCAAUUUUCACUGUUACGUCAUUUCCCUGGUUUCUUUUUAUGGGUUUCUGAGUUCAAGCUUGUUGCUCGGUUUUUCUGCCGAUUACACUAUCCGCUCCCUCGUAGGCUUGAACUUCCGGUUUUUGCUAGAUUUGCUUCCCCAGUUCCAUUUAAUCUCCCAGUGUUAGCCGUUACAGGCUUGGAACAAAGGAAGCCUAAACUAGGUAGGAAAAAUAUGGGGUGGAUUACAGUUACUAUUAGGAUUGUAUGUUUGUUUACCUUGUUGUGGAGUGUGAACGGAAUUGGUGUGAACUGGGGAACACAGGCAUCCCACCUUCUGCCCCCAGACACAGUAGUAAGGAUGCUGAGAGAGAAUGGGAUUCAAAAAGUGAAGCUUUUUGAUGCAGAUUAUGGUAUACUUAAGGCUCUAGGUAAGACUGGGAUUGAGGUCAUGGUGGGUAUCCCAAAUGACAUGCUCGCUUCUGUGGGUGGCAGCAUGAAGGCUGCUGAGAAAUGGGUUGCCAAAAAUGUCUCCGAACAUAUCUCCUCCAAUAAUGUCAACAUCAGAUAUGUUGCUGUUGGUAAUGAACCUUUCUUAGAGACAUAUAAUGGAAGCUAUCUUCAUAUAACCCUCCCUGCUCUUAGUAAUAUCCAGUCUGCCCUGAUCAAAGCUGGGAUUGGCAGCCAAGUAAAGGUUACUGUUCCUCUCAAUGCUGAUGUUUAUGCAAGUUCAAAUACCUAUCCGUCUGGUGGUGAUUUCCGUACUGAUAUCUUUGACCCCAUGCUUAAAAUUGUCAAGUUCUUGAAUGAUAGUAAUUCUCCCUUCACGGUGAACAUCUAUCCUUUUAUAAGCCUCUAUACUGAUUCCAAUUUCCCAGUUGAGUAUGCAUUCUUUGAUGGCAACGCAACGCCUCUAAAUGAUGGUGGGACAUUAUAUUACAACAUGUUUGAUGCUAAUCUUGAUACUCUUGCACAUGCAUUACAAAAGAAUGGAUUUGGAAAUCUGCCCAUUAUAGUUGGGGAGAUUGGGUGGCCCACUGAUGGAGACCGAAAUGCUAACAUAGAAUAUGCUCGACGAUUCAAUCAAGGUUUUAUGUCUCAUAUUUCUGGUGGGAAAGGAACCCCAAUGAGACCCGUACCGAUAGAUGCGUAUUUAUUUAGCUUGAUUGAUGAGGAUGAAAAGAGCAUUGACCCAGGGAAUUUUGAACGCCACUGGGGUAUUUUUUAUUUUGAUGGACAGGUUAAAUACCCUCUCAACCUUGGAACUACAAACAGUGGAGCAUUAAUUCCUGCAAAAGGUGUACAGUACUUGGAAAGGAAGUGGUGCGUGAUGAAGCCUUCAGCCCCACUUGAUGACCCACAAGUGGCACAAAGUGUGAGCUAUGCAUGUGGCCUUGCUGACUGCACUAGCCUCGGUUAUGGGACAUCUUGUGGAAACCUAGAUGCUAGGGGAAACAUUUCUUAUGCCUUUAACAGUUAUUUUCAGAAGAAUAACCAGUUUGAAAAAGCCUGCGAAUUUCCAAAUGUUUCAGUUAUAACGAAAACGGAUCCCACCCCUACGGUGGGAAAUUGCAAAUUUCCAAUAAUGAUCCAGCCCUAUUAUGAAUCUGCAGGACGGAGGUUUGGGUGUGGCCAGAUGCCAUUGCCUUUGGUUUCUGUUCUUCUCCUCCUAUUGCUAACGGUUGUACAGCACUAAUCGGGGGGCAUCAUUCUUCUGCAGGUUGAUGAAAACUGUUGAGAGGUGUAGUUGAAGCUAUGAAUUUUGCUAUCUAUAAGGCAAACUGUGAAUUUGUCUUGUUUAUUUUAUAUGCAUCUGUAUUUGUUAGGGUCGUGUCUUGCUUUCUUUUACUCCACUCUGCAUCAUGCUGGAAUCUGAAACUUCUAAUGCAUCUUUUCUGAUAUUUUUCAUGUA